UCUUCGAAGAUCAAGAAAUUAUGGAUGAACAGUAUCGGGAACUAUAUCACCGCAACAAAAGGUUAGAGACAAAGCUUCGGCAAAGAGUUGAUGAGCUUGAUGAUGUUAAAAAGGACUUGGUUGUUACGACCGAUAGGCUUAUUGCAACCAAAAAUGCGUUCGAAGAAAUACAUGGAGUAGCUAGAAAGCUAUAUAAAGAAUUGAGAGGGACUCGCGAAGUUGUUUACGAUCAGCAGCUGGAAAUGGAAGUUUGGUGGAGUAAAGAAGAGUCUCUGUCGGCGCUCAUCUCACAGAACCGGCAACUUGUUGAAGCUAUAGGAUCUAAGGUGACACCUGAAAUCACAAACUGUUGUGCUGUGCUUUCGGAUUAUCUCAAAGCAAGCGAGGAACAUUGCGGCGUUUACAACAAGCAGAUAGGUAGGAAGUUGUCCAAGUCUAACAGCAAUAAUGAGUUGAUUUUUUUUCGGCUGCUGGUUCCCCAUUAGAC